AUGCCUGACUUUGAGAUUAUAUCCUCCCUUCGCUUCGAUCCAGCUCUCCCAGAAGCAGCCUCUCGCUAUUCAACAUGCUAUCCCGAUCCUCACAAGACCCCUUACUACCUCCUGCGUUACCAUCACGACCGGCUUAUAGCAGCCGCGCGCGAUUUUGAAUGGAAAGACGCAUUGCCAUGGUUGGAACAAGACCUCAAAAGCUUUGAACAAUUCUUUGACGCGUCGAUACCGGAUCGAAGCAAAGCGUGGAGGCUGCGCAUUGUAGUGGAUCAUAAUGGGAGAGCGAGGAUCGAAGCGAAUCCAACAGCAGCAAUCGACCUAAUGACCUUAUUCAUUCCGUCGCUUCAUACAACCCCGACCACGCCUGUUUGGACUGUCUACGUCGAUCCGGAAUCCACCAAUCCGUCCAAAUUCACUACACACAAGACCACUGCACGAGAUGAAUACACGUCCGCUCGUCUUCGAGCAGGUAUUAAUUCCCCGACAGAGACCUCGGAGGUGCUAGUGGUCAAUCCGAAUGAUGAGAUCAUGGAAGGCAGCAUCACUACACCUUACUUCCUCCGUGGUCAUAUGUGGGUCACACCUCCCCUGAGCAGCGGUGGCAAUGCAGGCACAACGCGAAGGUAUGCGUUGUCUCAAGGCUUUUGCAUCGAGCAAAAGAUGACCCGGCAAGAUCUUGUGGAUGGCGAGUCGUGUUGGCUAAGUAACGGCGUAAGGGGUUUCUUGCGAGGCCAAGUCGUUUUGUCGUAG